UGAUUAGGUAAACGCCUAAAUGUCCAGGAUAGACUGUUCAAAUCAUUUAUUGCAAAUGGAAGAUUUCGGUGUAUAAAGAAAACUGACUUGUUUUCGGUAGUUUCUUGAUGAAACGCCCUUUAGAAGAGAAAGACGACGCCAUUCAGUGUUCUUGCGGAAUAAAGAGGCUUUCGUUAGGUUUACAGCACUGCCUCUCAAAAGAUGACGCACUCAAGUUGGAAGGAGAACAGAGCUUCAGCCGCCAAGAAAAAUAUGACGAUAACGCGGAUUCUACUCUUGUCUCAUCCAAGUCCUCAUUCGGAGGAAGUUAUUAUUCUUGCAUAAACUCACUUUUGAAGAAACUGCAUUUUGAAAGGUUACAGCGUAAGCAGGAGUUAAGCAAGAGCUAGAAUAGUGCAAAGAGCUGGAAGGAGUCUUGUCCGGUAUUGUUUCGAGAUAUUAUGUUCCAGCACUUGGUGACUUGGUUGAGAUAUAAGGAUGGUUCUUGAAAACUUUAAGGUUGUUUUCAUACUGCCCUGCAACAUAACAGUAGUGUUGGAACCAAACCCUUUAGCUGUCAAACUCUUGAUACACGGAGCCCUGACUCAUACAUUCUUCCACCACUUGUCAAGGAAUUUUGCUACAGUAGAAUCAACUUUUGGCACAGUAUUGCUAUCAUCUUUAAAACUGGAUAUCCUUUGUAAUAUAUAUGAUGCAAGUGAUUAUUAUAGACUGUGAAGUUUUGUCGAGAUUCCAUAUUAGUGACUAUAUAUUUUGAGAGAUGAGUUUUUAUAAAACUUUUCAGAUGUUUUGUGGAUAAUGAACUAAUAUUCCUAGAGUGUCCAAAUGUUU